GGCAUCAGCAAGGGCUGCCGAUGAAGAACAAAUUCAAGGACGCGAGAAGAUAUUCGGGAGAGAGCGAGCCUUGCUCACAAUGGCAGCGGAAUGGCGGACAGAGGCCAAGAAUGGAAAAAUGGAGGAGAGUGAAAACAAGAUCGCUCUUCUCCUCUCCGAUCUCACAGACCUCCUAACCAAGUGGAUUGCACAACAGGAGGACAUCCACAGCCUUGACGACAUGGUUCAGCAGCACAGACGGGCGUUAGAUAACCGCCUCCAGCAGCUGGAACAAACCAUCGCCACCCCCGUUGCUAGCUCCUCCAACACCUCCGAUCGCCUCGAGGCUUUGGAGAUUGACGUCGGAUCCCUCAAGGACGACGUGCAGUUACAGCACACCGCGACACAACAGUUGGAGCAGCGCAUCUGUACUGCAGCCGCCAACCCAAGUUCGGGACGGCGGGAGUCAACUCCAAAGUUCGAUGGUCAAGAGAUCUUCUGUGAUUCGACGAAGACGGACCCGAUUCUAUGGUUCCGCAAGUUUGAACUCAAGUUGCAGCUCUAUCUAGUCAGUGAAUACAAGCACCACACGUACUUAUACUCCCGGUCGGGAGGCGCAUGUCAAGCAUGGAUGGACAACCUCUUGUCCAAGUAUGGGGUGGUCACUGCAGAGUUGCACACCAAGAUCAGCUGGGAUGAUCUAAAGGCGGCGUGGCAUAAGCGGUUUCAAGUAGAGCCGCCGGAGAUCAAGGCAAUGGACAAACUCAUGGUCUUCGAACAAGCCGCCAACCCAAGUUCGGGACAGCGGGAGUCAACUCCAAAGUUCGAUGGUCAAGAGAUCUUCUGCGAUUCGACGAAGACGAACCCGAUUCCGUGGUUCUGCAAGUUUGAACUCAUAUUGCAGUUCCAUCAGGUCAGCAAAUACAAGCACCACACGUACUUAUACUCCCGGUCGGGAGGCCCAUGUCAAGCAUGGAUGGACAACCUCUUGUCCAAGUAUGGGGUGGUCGCUGUAGAGUUGCACACCAAGAUCAGGUGGGAUGAUCUAAAGGCGGCGUGCCAUAAGCGGUUCCAAGUAGAGCCGGCGGAGAUCAAGGCAAUGGACAAACUCAUGACCUUCGAACAAGGCGAACCGGUGACGUUCGACAUUUUGGACACAGACUUCAACAUCAUUCUGGGAAUGCCUUGGCUUGCAAGUGCGGAUCACAGGGUCAACUUCCACCGACGAACUCUUACCGUUCGCGACGCCUUUGGCGCCAAAGUGGCGUGUACUAUUCCUCUUCCGCACCCUUUGAUUCGGUGCCAAGUGGUGACGACCAAAUCAUUCCAGGCGACUUGUGCUUACGAGCAGCCCGAGGAAAUCGACCUAUGUUUCCUACGGACUGUCGCGGUAGCCAACUCUUCACCCACGGACUUGUCUUCGUACCCCCGGGUGGUGCGGUUCCUGGACAAGUUCGCCGACAUCUUCGAGUCACCUACUGGUGUCGUGCCGGAUCGGCCGAUCUCUCACUAGAUCAUUCUUGAGGCCGGUGUCCUGCCGCCGAAAGGUUGCAUCUAUCGGAUGACCGAGGAGGAGCUUGAAAUCCUCCGCGCACAACUCG